UCUGCCCCUGAACAGGCAGUUAACCCACUGUUCCUAGGCAGUCAUUGAAAAUAUGAAUUUGUUCUUAACUGACUUGCCUAGUUAAAUAAAAAAGAUCACAUGCAGUCCAUAUUCAGAGCAUAAAGUAUCUAGCUGUUGAAUUUAUAUUGAUAUAAUGGAGACAACAGCAUUUUAACUGAAUCCACAUUCAAAUCAAUCAGCACAUGUUCAUAGUUUUUCAAAGCUCAGUAGUCUAACCACCACACCUGACAUUGAAGCAGUUAACUGCUACAAAUGGUAGGCCAUGUACAGUAAUAGUCAUGUAAAGCACAUGGUGCUUGCAGUACCCACUUCAAAGCCAUUGCCAGCAGCACAAAUUCUCAUGUAGUUUAUUACUGGAUUAGUAACUAUACAGGUGUCCCACAGUUGCAAUUACAUUCAGUACAGAGAAGGAAAAAAAAGUUUUGCUUUUGUACAACUAACCAAUUUCCAUAAUUUUACCAUGUGGGAAAAAGUGGCUCAGUAAUGGAAAAUGACCUCCUGUGAUGCAGUAUCAAAGCAAACAACAGACACACUCAUUGGGUCCAACGUAAUACAUAAUAGUGUAGGAUUAAAGGCAUCUUGAAUACACCACAUCAAUGCAGUUACUGUGCAAAUCAAAUGCACCUUUGCAGAUGUACUGAUACAGUCAAGACACAUAGCCACAUUGUUUCCACUGGCUAAGGUCACAUCACAACCGUCCAAGCAGAAAGACCUAAAAAACUGAUACAUAUAAAAUCCAGAUUAUUAUUUAUUUGUAUAGAUAACUCUCCAGAAGAAAGGAAGCAGGAUUAGGAUGAGUUGAAGGGAAGGGACCGAGUGAGAAAACGUGGUUGUUUUAGUCAGUCACCUAGUCCCUUACAAUGUGCUGCAUAGAGCUCUUCUCUCUCUCUCUCAUCAGCUUCCUGCUACUCUCUCUCUCAUCAGUUUCCUGCUACUCUCUCAUCAGUUUCCUGCUACUCUCUCUCUCUCAUCAGUUUCCUGCUACUCUCCCUCUCUCAUCAGUUUCCUGCUCCUCUCUCAUCAGCUUCCUGCUACUCUCUCAGUCUAUGGGCCCCCUUUCCCUCCCCUCCUUGUUCUUCCCCUCAGCAUCAUCGUACUGCCUCCUCUGCCUACUGGUGUUCCUUUAUUAUUCAUACAGACACAGACCCAGGGAACAGACAGUCCUGUACCAUUGUGCAACAGCAACCCUGUAAUGGAAGUUGCAAACAAAGUACAGUACAGUGAGUAUCAUAUGACAAACCCUAUACUACAAACAUUUGGUUGAAAAAUGACUUGGGGUGGGAGGGGAGGUAAAUAGAUACACAAGUCAUGUCAGAUGUGAUGUAGGACAGCUAUAGGUCACAUGGUAUGCCUGUCAUCUUGGAGAUCAUUGUUCAAAGUCUGUGUCCAUUACUUCCCAAAAUGAUACAUGCAAGAUCACAUUUAUACCGUGAACAUUGCCUGUGUUAAUAUUGGCAACGUUUGAAAUGACUUAUGUAUUCACAAUGUUGAUGUCCUAAUGAAAUGUAUAUGUUUCAAGUUGUUUACUUUGGGCAAGACAGUAUAGUUUCAUUAACUGAGUGCAGACUUGAUUACUCAGUGGUAUAGUAUACAGAUUGCACUCUUAGUCUGGGACAUCUAUUGGGACUCAGGAUAUGGUUGGUGAUAUAAGGGGAUUAAGGUCAAACUCACACAAGCAACAUGACAUGGAUUAGGCCUAGUGAGUAGUGCUCUGCCCUGUCUGUAGUGGAAUAUACCACUAUACCAGUCUACACCACAAUGUUACCCAUCUCAAAAGCAGUCCCUGUGAACUUUACUUUUAUUAAAUGUUUUAAUUUAAAUAAUCUGUCCCCAAAAGGAUUAAUCCAGAUCAUGGCGUUGGCAGAAAUGACUCUGAUUAUAAGGGCUUAUGUAGUCAAGCCGGCCCAUCAGGGAUCAGUCGUGCCCUUCACAACGCCAUCCCUCAGUCGAAGGCUGGGACUCAGUGACCAAAACUUGAGGACAGAAAAAACAAAAGUGUUGCCUGCAAAUCCCCUUGUAGGAUAUUCACACAGUUGAAUCUGAUGGUAAGUAGUGGAGCAGUUUGGUGAAGAGCUACAGUAGUAGAGCACUGUCCAGUCCAGCUCUCUCCUACAGUGGACUACCAGAGGAAACAUUGUCUCCAUGGCCACCGAGGGGAUGUCUAGAGAAGAGGCAGAGGAGUACCAGAAACAGCUGGUGGAGGAAAAGAUGGAGAGAGAUUCAGAGUUCUUGGUAAAGAAGGCUGAGAGGGCUACAUUGAGAACGUGCUUAAGAGACAAAUACAGACUACCAAAGAGUGAACAGGAUGCAAACCUGAUGGAGUCAGCAGGAGACGACAUCGACGUGCCAGAAGAACUACUCAAAAUGGUGGACGAGGACGCCACAGAGGAGGAAGAGAAGGAUUCUAUCCUGGGCCAGAUACAGAACUUACAGAACAUGGACAUGGACCAGAUCAAGGAGAAAGCGUCGGCAACUAUGGUUGAGAUGAAAUCUAAAGCAGAGGAGAAGUGCUGUGUCAUGUGAUGAGAGAAAACAUUGGUUCAGUUGAUUAGUUCCUAAGCACCAAGUUUGACCAAGGAUAUAACUUCCAAGGUUGGACUUCCCUGAAAUAUUCCAGCUUUCCAGUAUUCUAAUCUAGACUGUGGACUUGGAUUGAUCCGAAACACGUAUAGUAGACCUUCUACACAGUCUAAAUUGAACCAGACUUAGGUUGGCUAAUCUGUCAAUAGAGGGUUGAAGUGAUGACUCUUAAUCUGUCUUUCUCAGAAAGCUGUGGGGAAGAGGUCGGGAAAAACAUCACAGGGCUGAGAGGGAGUAAGAGUAUUUUAGUUGUUGUAAUUAAAAAAGGGGUUCUGUUCUUUUUAUAUACAGCAAACCUCAUGUUUUCUUUGUAAGAAAGUACAAUUGGGAGGAGAGAAAAAACAAUGGUAUCAUGGUUAUAAAUGCUCUGAAUUGCUUCUUGUUAAAAAAGACAACCCUCUGAAUUUUGGGCCUUUGUAAAACAGUGUAUAUAACUGGAUUUGGCAUUUUUGUUUAUAAUAAAUAGAGACGAAUCAUAAGAAGCCCAUGAAAAACAA